UUGUUGCAAAUGUGAUGGAACAAAUGGCCAAACUGGAGCCAUUUCCUCAGGAUCUUCUAUCUACAGGAAGAGGAAGCGAGACGAUCUCGCGUUGAGCGAUGGCGGUCGCAUUCGCAUGACAGAGACGAAGAAUUCUGUCCAGUUGGCCAUCGAGCAUGUCCAGCGCGAAGACGCUGGAGUCUACACACUCUUCGCGCGCGCGAAGAACGGCGAGAUCGCGAAGAAAGAUGUGGAAUUGGUGGUUGAGGAUCGAUCCUCGGGCGAAGAUCCGCCGAUCUUCGUAAAGCGCCUCAGUGAUAUUUCAGUGAAAGUCGGCACAAGAUCGCGUCUUCUUGUGGAGAUUCGCAGCUCCACCGAUGUGAAAGUGACGUGGUACAGGAACGACAGGCGGAUCUGCGAAGGAGAUCGCAUACGAACGGUGAACGAGGGAUUGUUCUAUUGCCUGGAAAUCGGUCCGGUGACGCUCGAUGAUGGCGGUCAGUGGAUGUGCAUGGCUGAGAACCGCGGAGGACGCAAUUCCUGCCUCUGCCAUCUCAAUGUCCUCGUGCCAAAAGCCUACAAGUCCCCAGAAUUUGUCGAGGAACUGUGUGCAGUCUUGACAGAGCAAGGAACAGUGUCCUUAGAGUGCAAGGUCGUUGGAGUUCCCACGCCCGUUCUGCGGUGGUUCAAGGACUCCAAGGAGAUUAAGGCGGGAGAUGUCUUCGCCCUCACGGCCAAUCCUGACGAUCCAACGUCUCUCGGCACGUACACUUGCGAGGCUGUGAAUUGCAUGGGCCGUUCUUACUCCUCCUCGAAGGUGCACGUCGUGGGCAAAGGCAGCCGCGAAGGAUCUCUGCGUCCUGCGGACCAGGCUCACGCGGGUCCGCCGCCUAUCUUCACGGCCGAACUCACAGGCCAGAAGCUGCGCAUAGGCGAUCAGAUCAAACUCUCUUGCCAAGUCAUGGUGCCUCCGUGGCCGCGCUCUGUGACGUGGUACAACAAGGAGGGACGCGUGGAGAGCAGCGAGAGAUACCGGCUGGUUGAGGAUGGCCUGGGAGCGUACAUGAUCGAGGUGAAGCCUUCCGAGAGCUGCGAUGCAGGCGAGUGGAAGUGCGUGGUGACCAGCAACGAUGGAUGCGUGGGAAUCUCCUCAGCCACUGUUGAUAUGGACAUUCCCCGGAACUACCGAAAGCCGCGCUUCAUGGAGACUCUCAAGGCGGUGCUCACGGAGGAGGGAUUAGUGUCUUUCGAGUGCAAAGUCGUUGGAUUCCCGACGCCAGUGCUCAAGUGGUUCAAGGAUGGGCAGGAGCUGAAGCCAGGCGACGUUUAUCAACUGACUGGCGCCAAUUCCUUGGGCACAUAUUGCUGCGUGGCGAGCAAUUGCAUGGGCGAGAUGAGCAGCACUGCCGUAUUGACUGUUGAAGACAUCCAGAGCCAGCUAAAUGACGAGGAACUGCUGAUGUUCACAGAGAAGAACCAACCGCCCCGAUUCACGCAGGGUCUGAAGAGUCAAGAGGCGCGCAUUAACGAAGAGUUUCGCUUCACGGUUUCCGUUUGCGCUACUCCAGAACCCACGCUAUCCUGGUUCAGAGACGAUCUUCCCGUGGAUUCGACAGAGAAGUAAAUAAGAAACGGUGAUAGAAAUCAUGACUAUCUCUAAUGUCCUUCUCUUCUUAGGUAUGUGAUCUUGCGAGAAGCCGUUGGCGUUUGCCAUCUAAACAUCAAACAAGUGGAAUUCCUUGAUCAGGCCGAGUGGAAGUGCGUCGCCACCAAUGAUUUCGGACAGAGCGUGACUUCUUGCUUCCUGAAGUUGCAAAUUCCGCGACACUACAAGAAGCCACGAUUCUUGGAAUGCCUUCGCGCCGUUCUGACCGACGAAGGCGCUGUGAAUCUCGAGUGCAAAGUGAUCGGAGUUCCUCAGCCUGUGCUCAAGUGGUACAAGGAUGGCGUUGAAUUGAAGCCGGGAGACAUUCACAGGAUCAUUUCCGGCCAGGACGGCACUUGUUGCCUCGGCACGUACACUUGUGAGGCGAGGAAUUGCAUGGGAGUUGUGGCGAGUUCAGCAUCUCUGCUGGGCUAUGAUGACCCAAGCAAGAAUCCAGCUCUUCCUCAGCCGCCAGACCUCCAGAGGAAUAUCUCCCUGUCGACGAUUCACGAGGAGAGAACAUCACAAAUGUACGAAACUCCUCCUGAUAUCACGAUCGACGAGAAAGCAGACGUAUCUUUCUCCUUCGAUGGCAAGGAAGUGUCCGUUUCCUUGUACGAGACGCCCGAUCUCACGGAGGAAGAGGCGCUCAAGAUCGUGGAGAUGUACGCUGAUCAGAUAUCUGAGCACGUGACAGAGCAGAAUGUCGUUGAAUUGCCGCCACUGCGCUUUGUCAAGGAAACUUCCACUUCUGGAAAUCUCUUGAUGGAAGCUGUCGUGAUCGACGUGAGUCCCGAAUACUUUUCCGCCACUGAGGAGGACUUGCGCACAGAAGCUGACGUGGAAGAGAUGAGCUCUGUCAAUGGUGCUCUUUCACACUCAACCUCACGAUCGAGGGUGGAAGAGGAGUCGUCGCACAGGGAUAGAAUGACUGAGGAGUUUGUCCAGCAGAAGAUGCAGCAAAUGGAACAGGAAUUACAACUGGAGCCCACAAAGCCCAAGAGAAGGAAGUCUGAAUCUGCUGAAGAGUACUUCAGCUUCUCUCACUCCAAACCCUCUCAUGAGGCAUCGCCAGAAGACACAGAAACGGAUUUCCCGACCUUCGCCAGCGCCAAGAGCUCAGAGAAGCAGAAACUCGAAGAUGCUGAAGAGGAAGUGCCGACGAAAAAGCCCAGGAAGCACAAAUCCUCGAGCAGCGAUGAAACAUCUAUGUCCAGGAAUGAUGCAGGACUGAGAGAUAUCUCAGGAGAGGAGGGAGAUGGACUGAAGAUUGUGCGGAAGGACUCAAAGAAGAGAUUUGAACUGCUAAAGCCACUUGUGAAGUCUUUAACAAUCAUUGAAAAUCACUUAUCUGUGAUUGAUGAAGAAGUUGUGAUGCAAUCAGGACUUAUGAUGUCCGCCGCUUCUGCAGACAGCAGCCUGGGAGUGAUCAAGAACAUCAUCAAUCCCAUCAGGAACACUUUAGAGGUGCUCAAGGGAUACUCUGGAGACUGUACUCUUGACCAGGUGACGCAGAUCGUCUUGCCGCAGCUGAAGGGCCUCCAAGAAGGCCUCAAUCUGAUCGAGAAGUGUGUCGAGAUGGACGAGCAAGGCAAGACUUUGGUCCAGAGAACGUGUGUUUGCAUUGUGGACAGCAGUGGUCCGCAGCUUGUGACUGUCCUGGAUCACUUUGUCAGAAUCACGAGUGAAUUGAGCAACAGAACUCUGGCUAAUGAGGUGAAUUUGCUGGUCAACGACAUGAAGACAGGCAUCCAAAUGACCCAAGACACAAUCAAGUCCCAGACACUUCUUCAGGAAGCCACUGCCCUCGAAGCUGCACAGCACAUCACAGAGUCCAUUGCUAGGAUGCAGGAGGAGCCUGACUUUGUGCCACCGUUUGAGAGUGUCUCAAGUGCUGAGCUGCCACAGGAAGCAGAGUCGCUGAAGAGAAUCUGUCGUCCUGUGGUGAAGAUUCAGUUCGCCCUGGAGAGUAUUGAGCAUGACUUGUCGCUUGAAGAGAAUGAGGAGCAACUCUACACGAGGGUUCAUGAGAGAAUCCUUGAGAAACUCACAGAACCCAUUGAAGAACUGAGGCGGGAAAUGGCUGAGAUUGAGAAACUGGCUGUGGCAGGAGUCGUGACUGAAGACUUGCAGCAGAAAGUCAACAUGGCGAUUCUGGAUAUCGUCACGCCGCCAAUGUAUGAACUCCAGAAGGGACUGGAAAUCCUGGGCGAGCAAUCUGUUUCGAACACUCACGCAGGAAUGGUGAGUGUGAGUAUUUUAGAGUCAAUGGUUCCGCCAUUGCAGGAGAUCCAGACGGGAUUGGCGAGAAUAGGCCAAGAUAUCGAGUCAGGAGAACUUAAGAGGGAAUCACCAGUUGAGAAUGUCGAUGCUCAGAAACUCAUUCAGUCUCUGGCGCAGUCGAUUCUCAACUUUGAGAAGAAUAUUAUGUCUCUCAAUGGGAAAUUUGAAGAUGCUUCUAGAUCCUCUCUGCUCAACUUGAAAAGAGGAAUGUCUGAGAUCCUCGAGAGUGUUGUCGAUGCUCCUGUGGACAAAUAUAGAAUGACCAUUCUUGAGAAUUUGAAGAAGCCCAUGGACGAAAUCAAUUAUGCGCUGAGACAUAUUGAAGUCAAAUCGACAAAUGGAUCACUAGAGGAUCUCAUAGAGCCAAUAUUGCUUCUUGAGGAGAAGAUAAGAGUGUGUGAAGACAUUCUAAUCCUCACGAAUCAUCCUCCAAAUCAUCCGAGUGUGAAAGCUCUCUCCACAGUGAAGAAAACAAUAAAGUCAGUGAAGAAAACCAUUGAAUUAAACGAAAUCAAGCUUUCUGAGAGAGAAAAGGUAAAUUCCCUAAAGCUCAAAAAAGAGGAAAUUCACGAAAUCUCAUCUGUGAGCAUUCAAGAAGUCAGCACAAUGGAAUCUCUUCAGGAAAUCAGCCGGAAAGAGACGAUCCAACUCCUCGAAGAACUUCAAUGCCGCGUGGCUGGGAUUCAGGAGAACGUUCUCAUUGACAGCACGAAGGAAGCUUCGCUCAAGGAAUCGCUCGUGACUCCUCUGGCGCAAGUGCAGAGGUGCAUCGGCGAGAUAAAGGACAUCCUCGUGAUGGAAUCCACGCAGGAAAUGGCCAGUGAAAACUUCGCCGCCCUCCAGAAACUCGCCACUCCGAUGCAGGAAGUCGUGCGGCAUCUCCAGACGGUCGCGAGCGAGGAAGUCGUGGAGCCUGUGGAGUCCAUGUCCACCCAGGACAACCUCAGCCUCCUGAAGACUGUGGCUCAUCCGCUGCAAGAGCUGCAGAACUGCAUCGCGACCCUGAGACAGGAGCCGCUCGUGAUGGAGCAGACAGGAACUGUGACUUCCCUGGACUCUCUCACCAUCGCGAAGCCCAUCAACGAGCUGCGGGACUGCGUGGCCGCCAUCCUGGCCAACGUCGUGGAGCCCAGUGAGGAUCUCUCCACGCUGGACGACAUCUCGGCUCUGCGCACAAUCGCCGAAGACGUGCAGGGCAUCCGGGAAGACGCGGCCAUUGUGCAGGAGCCCGGAAUCUCGUCUGAGAUCUCAGACGAGAUCCCGACGCUCAGCACCGAGGACAGGAAAGUCUUCGCACAGCAGCUUCUCACGGAUCUGGAGCACAAUUUGGCCUCCGUGCGACAGCAAUGCGUUCUCGAGGAAGCUCAGUCGUUCUCCGAGAAGACGCCGUCUUUCGUGCAGGCUCUGGCCAAACCCAUCGAGGACGUGGAGAAGUGCCUGGCCACCAUCAAGAUGCAGACGGCGCACGAAGUGAUCGGCCGGGAAUCCCAGGCUGAGUCCGUCUCGGAUCUCCAGAAUCUGGCCAUUCCGCUGCAGCGUCUCGAGCAAAGCAUCGCCACAGUUCAGCAGGAAAUGCUGAGCGAAGCCUGUGAAUCGAUCUCCGAAGAUCGGGUCAGUCCUCAAGUUCUCACGAUCGCUCAGCCUCUCGAAGAACUAAAGAACUGCGUGAGCGUUGUGGAGCAUUUCAUUGUCGAUCAAGAGAUUCCUUCCGAAUCAAUGGGCAAAACUCUUACGAAAACGAAUGCAGAAAUGAUUAAAGAAUUCACAAAUUGUGUGGCAAACGUGAAGAAUGAAGAUUUGAAUAGAAUUGAGGAUUCAACGAAAAACCGCGAGGUUAAGAAAAUUGCCCAUUCGAUGCAAGAACUCUUCAAAUCACUGACAGAGUUUGUCCAAAGCUCUGAGCAUGAAAAAGUUUCCUCAAAAGUGAUUGAAUCUGUGCAGCACAUUCAACAACUUUGUCCUUCAUCUAAAGCUUCUGAUGAAAUUUCGUCCAAUGCAAAGAAUAUCUCGAAUUUAAUAACUUGCGUAGAAAAGAUAAAUGUAAAGGAGUUGGAGAAAAUCCUUGAACAGAAGACAACUGAAGAUUCUCAGCUCUCAAAAUCUCUGAUGGAAUCUCUUAAAGGCAUUCUCAAGGGUGAAAAAGAACCGAAUAUUCUCCAGAAGUUUGAUGUUCACCUAGAGAAUCUCCUUAACUCAUCAGAAUCCUUACUAAAAGGCAUAGAAACACAGGAAUUUGCUGCUAUAAAAAUGCCUUUGUCGAGAAUUAAAGAACUUUGUUCUGAUAUCACCCAAGAAAAAGCUCUUAUUGUGGAAGAAAGUAAAUCUAGCAAUGCCAAAAUUGUUGAUUUUAUUGAAAGAGCUGAAGAACUGGAAUCGGAAUUACAUGUUACCAAAUCUGCAAUGGAAAAGGCACAAAAAGGAAGACAAUCAUUGGAAUUGGAAUCCAUAGACAAAAUAUUAACUUCCAUUGUACCUGUUAAGAAAGAUCUUAUCAGAAUUCACUUUGCGAAAGAAGUGUUUCCUGAACAGAGCACAAAAUCGUUGAAGAAAUGCUUGAAUUCCGUCGAGAGGAUUUGCAACACUUCCAACUUGGACACAGUUCAGAAGCUGUGUUUGUCUGAAUUGGAACCAUCUCUGAAUCAACUGUUGAGCUCAAUGGAGUCAUUCAAAGCCAUCGGAAUGGAAGGAUCUCUUCAGGAAUCGGAAGUCGCAAAUCUGAGGGACAAAAUGCUGGAUUCUCAGACUUGCGUUGUCCUUUUCGAAGCAACUCUCUUGGCGAACAUCCAGCGAAACAAUGUCCAGAACAUUGAGAUCAUCAUGAGUCCCGUGGAGAGGCUCAAAGAGUCGAUCGAGGAAGUCCAGAAGGCGCUCAUGGAAGAGCGUCCCGAAUGCUCAAAGGUUUCGCAAUCUCUCACUCAUCUGGAGAAUCCAAUGAAAGCUCUUGCUUUGGCUCUCGCGAAAAUUGAAUGCGAUCUAGUGCAAGACAGCGAAUUGCAGAAAGUCCUGAUUCCCAUCCACAAGGUUCACUCCCUUCUUGUCGACGUUCAGGAACAGAAAGGAGAAUGCAAGGAACCCUUUUUAGAAGAAGUGCGCACAUUAUUAGGGAAGAUUGAUGAGUCAGAAGAGAGGCUUUUAACGAAACAACUAAUUAAAUUGAGUUCAGAUGAUUUGAAGCAAAUCCACAAAAUUGAUUCUCCUUUGAAUGAGAUGAAAAAAGUCCUUUCAGACGCCUCAAGUGGUCUGUUAAAUAUUUCCCAAGAAUCAAGGAAGACACUUUUGAAAUUAUCAGAGCCAGUAAAAGAAUUGGAGAUGAUUCUUGGUCAGGUUGAAGCUCACGAGAGCAGUGACGCGACAUCCACGAAUCUGGCAGAGAUUCAGAAGAAUGAAAACGUGAUAAAAUUAGAUGCCAUUUCAGUAUCGAACGCACAUUUGGCAGCGGCAGAAAUAGACCAAGGCCUCAAUGUCAAAGAGCAAGAGGAAAUUAGUUUAGGAGGUGACAGAGCGCAAUGCACCGACACUAAGACUGAUGAUCCGGAAAGGCUGAAAGCUCAAGCAAAGGAACUGAUCAGACAAUCCGCCGAGCGCGAAUUGACUCCCAUCGAGAUGGAUUCUCUGAAAUAUCUUCUGGCCAGAAUCAAUUCUCUCGGCUCGGAGAUUCACGAGACGUUGGUCGAUGCGAAGAUUAUCAAUCAAAACACCGCAGAGAUCAUUGAACAGAUAAAAUCCGAUGCUCAGCAUGGCGUUGACGCUGCUAAAAAAAACGAUGUUGCAGGCCAACCUACAGGAGAUACCUGCGCAAGUACUACUACUGAGCCGAUGGACGUGGAGCCUGUAGAUGACAGUAGAUCCCCAACCCUCAGAAUUGGAGGCGACACAUCAAUUGGCGACUCUGAGACAAUCGUUAAAUUUGAUGUGUCCGUCGAUGUUGAAGAGUGUGAAAAAGUUGAUGUUCACUUGGUUUCAAAGCAACAGGACACAGAAAAGGACAUACAGAAAGAAGCCGCGGAAGGCGCUGAAGCAUUACCAAUAGCAAUUCAUGAAAUAACAACGGAAUCUGCACCGGAAAGAAGAUUUUCAACAGUUGAGCUGAUUCAGGAAGAAAAGGUUGAGCAAGCUAAGACAUUCACCCUCGGAAGAUUUACAUCAAAAGAAGGCGACAAGUCUCUGGAGGCCACAAUUGAAGAUGUUUCCAUGGCAGAAGUCUCACAGAUGACUAGUGAGGAACAAGAAUCAGAUAUCUUUUCUGACAAAUCAGCUUCAUUUGAUCUUCUACAUGAAGAAGUCAAUGGAAUCUCAUCUGUGAGCAUUCAAGAAGUCAGCACAAUGGAAUCUCUUCAGGAAAUCAGCCGGAAAGAGACGAUCCAACUCCUCGAAGAACUUCAAUGCCGCGUGGCUGGGAUUCAGGAGAACGUUCUCAUUGACAGCACGAAGGAAGCUUCGCUCAAGGAAUCGCUCGUGACUCCUCUGGCGCAAGUGCAGAGGUGCAUCGGCGAGAUAAAGGACAUCCUCGUGAUGGAAUCCACGCAGGAAAUGGCCAGUGAAAACUUCGCCGCCCUCCAGAAACUCGCCACUCCGAUGCAGGAAGUCGUGCGGCAUCUCCAGACGGUCGCGAGCGAGGAAGUCGUGGAGCCUGUGGAGUCCAUGUCCACCCAGGACAACCUCAGCCUCCUGAAGACUGUGGCUCAUCCGCUGCAAGAGCUGCAGAACUGCAUCGCGACCCUGAGACAGGAGCCGCUCGUGAUGGAGCAGACAGGAACUGUGACUUCCCUGGACUCUCUCACCAUCGCGAAGCCCAUCAACGAGCUGCGGGACUGCGUGGCCGCCAUCCUGGCCAACGUCGUGGAGCCCAGUGAGGAUCUCUCCACGCUGGACGACAUCUCGGCUCUGCGCACAAUCGCCGAAGACGUGCAGGGCAUCCGGGAAGACGCGGCCAUUGUGCAGGAGCCCGGAAUCUCGUCUGAGAUCUCAGACGAGAUCCCGACGCUCAGCACCGAGGACAGGAAAGUCUUCGCACAGCAGCUUCUCACGGAUCUGGAGCACAAUUUGGCCUCCGUGCGACAGCAAUGCGUUCUCGAGGAAGCUCAGUCGUUCUCCGAGAAGACGCCGUCUUUCGUGCAGGCUCUGGCCAAACCCAUCGAGGACGUGGAGAAGUGCCUGGCCACCAUCAAGAUGCAGACGGCGCACGAAGUGAUCGGCCGGGAAUCCCAGGCUGAGUCCGUCUCGGAUCUCCAGAAUCUGGCCAUUCCGCUGCAGCGUCUCGAGCAAAGCAUCGCCACAGUUCAGCAGGAAAUGCUGAGCGAAGCCUGUGAAUCGAUCUCCGAAGAUCGGGUCAGUCCUCAAGUUCUCACGAUCGCUCAGCCUCUCGAAGAACUAAAGAACUGCGUGAGCGUUGUGGAGCAUUUCAUUGUCGAUCAAGAGAUUCCUUCCGAAUCAAUGGGCAAAACUCUUACGAAAACGAAUGCAGAAAUGAUUGAAGAAUUCACAAAUUGUGUGGUAAACAUCAGGAAUGAAGCUUCUCUUGAAGAUUUUACUAAUAUUGCUGAUAAGUUGAAGAAUGAAAAUAUGAAGUUGAUUGCCAAUUCAAUCCAAGGGCUUUUCGAAAUCAUGGCUGAAUUAAGCGAAUGUAAAUGCUUGAAUUCCGUCGAGAGGAUUUGCAACACUUCCAACUUGGACACAGUUCAGAAGCUGUGUUUGUCUGAAUUGGAACCAUCUCUGAAUCAACUGUUGAGCUCAAUGGAGUCAUUCAAAGCCAUCGGAAUGGAAGGAUCUCUUCAGGAAUCGGAAGUCGCAAAUCUGAGGGACAAAAUACUGGAUUCUCAGACUUGCGUUGUCCUUUUCGAAGCGACUCUCUUGGCGAACAUCCAGCGAAACAAUGUCCAGAACAUUGAGAUCAUCAUGAGUCCCGUGGAGAGGCUCAAAGAGUCGAUCGAGGAAGUCCAGAAGGCGCUCAUGGAAGAGCGUCCCGAAUGCUCAAAGGUUUCGCAAUCUCUCACUCAACUGGAGAAUCCAAUGAAAGCUCUUGCUUUGGCUCUCGCGAAAAUUGAAUGCGAUCUAGUGCAAGACAGCGAAUUGCAGAAAGUCCUGAUUCCCAUCCACAAGGUUCACUCCCUUCUUGUCGACGUUCAGGAACAGAAAGCAGAAUGCAAGGAACCCUUUUUAGAAGAAGUGCGCACAUUAUUAGAGAAGAUCGACGAAUCAGAGGAGAAGCUGUUCAUGAAAGAAAUCACAAUUGAUAACAACAAAACUGAGGAAGGAGAACAGGCUCAAGCCGCAACUGCAGAAGAAGGCGCCAAGGCAGAGAAAGCUAUACUCAAAGCCCAGAAGAAAUCCGAGGAAGGAGAACAGGCUCAAGCCGCAACUGCAGAAGAAGGCGCCAAGGCAGAGAAAGCUAUACUCAAAGCCCAGAAGAAAUCCGAGGAAGGAGAACAGGCUCAAGCCGCAACUGCAGAAGAAGAAGAAGGCGCCAAGGCAGAGAAAGCUAUACUCAAAGCCCAGAAGAAAUCCGAGGAAGGAGAACAGGCUCAAGCCGCAACUGCAGAAGAAGGCGCCAAGGCAGAGAAAGCUAUACUCAAAGCCCAGAAGAAAUCCGAGGAAGGAGAACAGGCUCAAGCCGCAACUGCAGAAGAAGGCGCCAAGGCAGAGAAAGCUAUACUCAAAGCCCAGAAGAAAUCCGAGGAAGGAGAACAGGCUCAAGCCGCAACUGCAGAAGAAGGCGCCAAGGCAGAGAAAGCUAUACUCAAAGCCCAGAAGAAAUCCGAGGAAGGAGAACAGGCUCAAGCCGCAACUGCAGAAGAAGGCGCCAAGGCAGAGAAAGCUAUACUCAAAGCCCAGAAGAAAUCCGAGGAAGGAGAACAGGCUCAAGCCGCAACUGCAGAAGAAGCGCCAAGGCAGAGAAAGCUAUACUCAAAGCCCAGAAGAAAUCCGAGGAAGGAGAACAGGCUCAAGCCGCAACUGCAGAAGAAGGCGCCAAGGCAGAGAAAGCUAUACUCAAAGCCCAGAAGAAAUCCGAGGAAGGAGAACAGGCUCAAGCCGCAACUGCAGAAGAAGGCGCCAAGGCAGAGAAAGCUAUACUCAAAGCCCAGAAGAAAUCCGAGGAAGGAGAACAGGCUCAAGCCGCAACUGCAGAAGAAGGCGCCAAGGCAGAGAAAGCUAUACUCAAAGCCCAGAAGAAAUCCGAGGAAGGAGAACAGGCUCAAGCCGCAACUGCAGAAGAAGGCGCCAAG